AUCCUGCACUCAGACUCAAGUAGUCACUGAAAUCCAGAUAAGGUACCAAAAAUAUCCACAAAAUUCCAUAUAGAUGCAUUUCCAUUGAAGUCCCAAACCAAAUUCACCAUCUUUCUCCAAAUAUGGCUGCAAAAUUCUCUACUGCUCUAGAUAUCCAUUGCAGCAUACCUUACACCUCAGAUACAAAACUCCCUUAUGGUUAUUCUUCUUCCAAAUCAUCAAGAUUCUUACACAUCAAAAGAUUCACUAUUUUUUGCAAUUCUAGUUCAAAAUCUCCAAAACCAAAUGUAAAUCUUGAUGUAGAUUCUUCAAGAAAAAAACCAUCUCUUUCUGAACAACUAGAGCCACUUUCCAAUACCAUUCUUGAUGACCCCCCAAACCAAGCAAGAAUUCUUUCAAAGCCAAAGUCAACUUGGGUCAACCCCACUAGGCCUAAACCUUCUGUUCUAUCUUUACAACGUCAAAAAAGGUCUUCUUACAAUUAUAACCCUCAAAUUAGAGACCUUAAAAAUUUUGCUAGGAGGUUAAGUGAGUGUCAUUUCUCUAAUGAUGCUUUUUUGGCUGUUCUUGAAGAUAUCCCACAUCCACCGACUAGAGAUAAUGCCUUGUUGGUGCUUAAUAGUUUAAGACCAUGGCAAAAAAGUAUUCUUUUCUUGAAUUGGAUCAAGACCCAAAAUUUGUUUCCUCUUGAAACUAUCUUUUAUAAUGUUGCUAUGAAGUCUUUGAGGUUUGGUAGGCAAUUUCAGCAGAUAGAGGACUUAGCUUUCGAGAUGAUUGAAAGUGGGAUUGAGCUUGAUAAUAUUACUUAUUCUACUAUUAUCACUUGUGCUAAAAGGUGUAAUCUUUUUGAUAAGGCAGUUGAGUGGUUUGAAAGGAUGUAUAAGACUGGUUUAAUGCCUGAUGAAGUUACUUAUUCUGCAGUUCUUGAUGUGUAUGCUCAAUUAGGGAAAGUUGAGGAAGUGAUGAGUUUGUAUGAGAGAGGGAGAGCUAGUGGUUGGACCCCAGACCCUGUUGCUUUUGCUGUGUUGGCUAAAGUGUUUGGUGCUGCUGGGGAUUAUGAUGGUAUUAGGUUUGUGUUGCAAGAAAUGAAGUCACUUGAAGUGCAGCCCAAUUUGGUUGUGUAUAACACAUUGUUAGAAGCAAUGGGGAAAGCUGGGAAGCCUGGUUUGGCUAGGAGUUUGUUUGAGGAAAUGGUGGAUUCAGGGCUUAGCCCGGACGCGAAGACGUUAACGGCAUUGAUCAAGAUUUAUGGUAAGGCAAGGUGGGCUAGAGAUGCUUUGGACCUUUGGGAAAGAAUGAAGUCAAAUGGAUGGCCUAUGGAUUUCAUUUUGUACAAUACAUUGUUGAGUAUGUGUGCUGAUCUUGGGUUGGAGGAAGAGGCCGAGACGUUGUUUGAUGAUAUGAGGAAGUCAGAGCAUUGUAGACUUGAUAGUUGGAGCUAUACAGCAAUGCUUAACAUAUAUGGAAGUGUUGGAAAUGCAGAGAAAGCUAUGGCUUUGUUUGAGGAAAUGUCUAAAGUAGGGAUCCCGGUUAACGUUAUGGGAUGCACUUGUUUGGUUCAGUGUUUUGGAAGAGCAAAGAGGAUAGAUGAUUUGGUUAAGGUGUUUGAAGUUUCAGUACAGAGAGGAGUCAAGCCAGAUGACAGACUUUGUGGGUGCUUGCUCUCAGUUGUGUCAUAUUGCAAGGGCGACGAUGCAGAUAAGGUCCUUGCUUGUUUACAACAAGCUAACCCGAGAUUGGUAACCUUUGUCAAGAUGCUAGAAGAUGAGAGCACUAGCUAUGAAAUUGUGAAAGAAGAGUUCAGGUCCAUACUGACUAAUACAUCAGAUGAUGCAAGAAGGCCUUUCUGUAAUUGUCUAAUUGAUAUAUCCAGAAACAGAAAUCGUGCAGAGAGGGCUCACGAGCUUCUGUAUUUAGGAACUGUAUAUGGAUUGUAUCCAGGUUUACAUACUAAGACACCAGAGGAAUGGAGAUUGAACGUCCGAGCACUAUCUGUUGGUGCAGCUCAAACUGCAUUUGAAGAAUGGAUGAGAACACUUGCUAGGAUUGUGCAAAGCGAAGAGCAAUUGCCGGAAGUUUUAUCAGCAAACACAGGAGCUGGGACACACAGGUUCUCACAGGGUUUGGCAAAUGCCUUUGCAUCUCAUGUGGAGAAACUUGCUGCUCCUUUCAGACAGAGUGAAGAGAAGGCUGGUUUCUUCAUUGCAACUCGUGAAGAUGUAGUUUCAUGGGUCCAAUCAAAGGCAGCUGCAACUGCAUAAAUCAUAUUUUUUUACUUAGUUGAAAUUACUAAUUAGUAUUAUGCCUUUUAAUUAAACUGGAUUGAUGUACUUUAGGUAACUGAAAUUAUGUUGCCAGUUACCUUUAAAUAGAAAGUACUGAAUUUACAUGCAUAAAGAUAUCUAAGUGUUUCUUUCCCAA